UAUGCUUUAAAAAAAAAGAGAAGAGAAACACUUGUGAACGUAACAAAAGACACUUCUCAAACAAUAUAGAUCAAUCGUGCUGCGAACAAAUUAAGUAUGGCUUCAAGGCCUGGAAUCCUAACGGAUUGGCCAUGGAAACCUCUUGGAAGCUUUAAGUAUUUGUUACUAGCACCUUGGGUAGUUCACAGCUCCUAUUCUGUGUUGGUGAAGGAUAAGAGUGAAAGGGAUAUAAGCACCUUUCUCAUAUUUCCAUUUCUUCUAUGGCGUAUGCUUCAUAACCAGAUAUGGAUCACUCUCUCUCGUUACCGAACCGCCAAAGGCAAUGCUAGAAUUGUCGACAAGGGAAUUGAGUUUGAUCAAGUUGAUAGAGAAAGAGAUUGGGAUGACCAAAUAUUGUUCAAUGGAUUAUUAUACUACUUGGCAAGCUACACAUUAUCUGGGGCAUCCCGUAUUCCAUUAUGGAGAACAGAUGGAGUUGUUAUGGCAAUAUUGCUUCAUGCAGGACCAGUGGAGUUUCUCUAUUAUUGGUUACACAGAGCACUUCAUCAUCAUUUUCUCUACUCUCGUUACCACUCUCAUCACCAUUCUUCAAUAGUAACAGAACCUAUAACUUCUGUUAUUCAUCCAUUCGCUGAACACAUAUUAUAUUUUCUUCUCUUUGCAAUACCCAAGUUAACCCUCGUCUUCACAAAAACAGCUUCUGUGGGGGCCAUGCUUGGAUAUGUCACUUACAUUGAUUUCAUGAACAACAUGGGUCAUUGUAACUUUGAGGUGGUUCCAAAGUGGCUCUUUGACAUCUUUCCUCCUCUCAAAUAUCUCAUGUACACCUCAUCGUUCCAUUCUUUGCACCAUACUCAGUUUAGAACAAACUACUCCUUGUUUAUGCCUCUUUAUGACUACAUCUAUGGCACCACAGACAAAGCUUCCGAUAAAUUACACGAGUCAGCAUUAAAACAAGAGGAAGAAAUCCCUAAUGUUGUACACCUAACACAUCUCACGACCCCUGAAUCCAUAUAUCAUCUCAGGCUUGGAUUUGCUUACUUGGCUUCUAAGCCUUACACGUCAAAAUGGUACCUUUGUUUGAUGUGGCCAGUAACAACUUGGUCCAUGAUCCUCACAUGGGUUUAUGGCCGUACAUUUAUUGUGGAGGGGAAUCGUUUUGACAAACUGAAGUUGCAAACUUGGGCAAUACCCAAGUACAGUCUCCAAUACUUCAUGCAAUCACAAAAAGUGGCUAUCAACACAAUGAUAGAGGAAGCAAUACUCGAUGCUGACAGAAAAGGCAUAAAAGUUUUGAGCUUAGGCCUAAGGAAUCAAGGAGAGGACCUUAACAUCUAUGGAGGACUAUAUGUUAGUAGGCAUCCAAAGCUAAAAGUUAGGGUUGUAGAUGGAAGCAGUCUUGUAGUUGCUGUUGUUCUUAAUAGCAUUCCCAAGGGAACAACUCAAGUUUUACUUAGGGGCAAACUCACCAAGAUUGCUUAUGCUCUUGCCUACACAUUGUGUCAACAAGGUGUUCAGGUUGCUGCAUUGUAUGAGGAUGAUUAUGUGAGGCUCAAAAAGUCGUUCAAUAGCUCUGAAACCAAUUUGGCCUUUACCAAAAGCAGCACACAGACGACUUGGUUAGUAGGAGAUGGAUUAACUGAAGAGGAACAACUGAAGGCACCCAAAGGAACAUUAUUUAUUCCAUACACACAAUUUCCACCAAGAAAAUAUCGUAAGGAUUGCUUCUACCAUUGCACCCCUGCAAUGUUAGCUCCUUGUAGUGUUGAAAAUAUCCAUUCUUGUGAGGAUUGGUUGCCAAGGAGGAUAAUGAGUGCAUGGCGCAUAGCUGGGAUAGUGCACUCUCUAGAAGGAUGGACUGAACAUGAGUGUGGCCACACAAUGCAUAACAUAGACAAUGUUUGGCAUUCAACUCUUCAACAUGGAUUCCAACCUCUUCCGGUGCCAAUUAAUGAGUAACUAGCUAGGGGAAUAAUAUAUAUGAAUAAUAUGUUUGGCUGCUUAAUUUGUUUUAGCUCUUUGGAGGGUAUUAAUCCAUCCUACUUAUGGUUAUCUUUACCUUAAAUAAGAUUGUUAAGUAAUACCUUAAGACAAAGCAAAUGGAUAUCAUCUACAUAUAUUUCCAUAGAGCUACAACAUUUUAAGAAGUAGCUAUAUAA